CUAAUUGAUACCUAGGUAGGUAGCUGCCUGGCCCACCUUAGCUUUCCUCUUGAAUAGCCAAGCACGUUACCUUUUUCAUCCGACUUUGUAGAGGACCGCUCAAGAAUUGCCCAUAUUGCCAUUAUAUAUAUAUAUCACACGCCUCGAUGGCAUUUCAGGGACCGGAAGUGUCUCAUGCAGACAUCGAAUCGUUUCAUGCGACGCAUUUCUCCAACGAUGCUGUCAAUCUGUUCGAGUUCGAGUUCUUACGUCCUGAUGCCGCGCAUGGUGGCGCUCCGGAAAGCUAUUACUACGAAGAGGAAGAAGAUGAUGGGCUAGGAUACUACCCUGAUGGGGUGAAACGCACAUUGACAGACGAACAAAUCGGAAUCUUCCGUCACUCUGAAAUGGAGGCAUUACGCCGUGCUGAUAGAGCGGCUUCGAAGCAAGAAACCACACCUGAUUCAGAGCCCGCAAUAGACCCCAUCGGAGGAGAGCCUGUGCACACGCCCAUAGAAAAUGGGGUCGUGUCUACAGACUCUGCCGAAGGUAGCGAAGAUGGAGAGAUUGAGACUGAGAAACCAGUCUUGACCAAAGCUGAGAUUAGGCGUCAGAAAAAGCUACGGUCUAGACAGAGGAAGAAGGAAAGCCACAAGUUCCAGCCGGAAAAGAAACCCGAUCUACGCAAGAGGACGUGGGAUGUUGUCGAAGCAGGCAUGGACGCUUUGCAUUACGAUGAUCUUGGGACAUCCCAAGACAACGCUUCCGCGUCCGCCACUCAGCGGAAACAGAUCUCAUAUGACGACUGAACAUCUGUCACAUCGGCACAUGUCUAUAAUUAGUAGCCUCUAUCAGACGACUUCUCUGGAGAUUAUGCACGAGACAAGCAUAAGAAUCUAGAUC